AUGGCGUUCUUCCUCGCUAUCAUCCUGGCAAUCUUGUCAGUCGCCAAUGCCGCAGCUUUAACUGCCAACUAUCCCAUCAAUGCGCAAUUGCCACCUGUCGCUCGAGUCUCGCAGCCUUUCCGAUUUGCAUUCGCCCAAAGUACAUUCUCUAACAGUGACGCGGACACUGAAUAUUCACUAUCAGGUGCACCGGCAUGGCUCAAAGUCCACAGCAGUACUCGUACCCUGUUAGGGACGCCGCACUCGGAUGACAGCGGCGCUACCAGGUUCAAGCUUGUGGCAUCCAAUGGCGCGGAAAAAGACAGCAUGGACGUGACUUUAAUUGUGACAGAGGACCAGGGACCGACUGUGAACAAGCCGCUCAUGCCCCAAUUGCGGGCAUUGGGUCCUGUUUCAUAUCCUGCCACGCUCUUCAUUCACCCUGGUAGUCCGUUCUCGAUCGAGUUUGACAAGGACACCUUCGGCAACACACAUCCUUCCACGAUCUACUACGGGACAUCGCCUAACAACGCCCCGCUACCGUCAUGGAUCAACUUCGAUCCGGCAACCCUAAAGUUCUCUGGGAACAGCCCUGCUUUCCCAGGCGCGGGACCCCAGACAUUCAUUUUCCAGCUGAUCGCAUCGGAUGUGGCUGGAUAUAGCGCAGCCAACAUGACUUUUGAACUCUCGAUUGGGCCACACAUCCUGGCAUUCAAUGAGACCGUCCAGACCUUCAAUCUCACGCGAGGAGAAGAAUUCAACAGCCCAAAAUUCACCAAUUUCCUCUCUAUGGAUGGUUCACCCACUUCAAUCAAACAGUUAGCAAAAGUCGACGCUAAACUGCCGGACUGGCUGAAAUUGGACAAGGAAAAUGUAUCGCUGAGUGGAACGCCGCCCAAUGAUGCUGUGAACCAGAACAUCACUAUUGCCGUUACGGACUCUUUUCAAGAUAAUGCGCUGUUGAUGGUGCGCUUGGAGUUCAUGAAGCUGUUUCUCGACACAAUCGAUGGCGUUGAGGCAGCCAUUGGCCAAGACUUCAAGUUUGUGUUCAAUCAGUCUAUCGUCACAGAUGACUCUGUGCGACUGGAUGUCGACCUGGGCAGUGAACUCUCUUGGCUCACCUACUUCCCCGAGAACAAGACUCUCUUCGGGCACGUUCCAAACGACACAAAGCCUGAAAAGUUCACUAUCCCGCUCACUGCACACCAGGGCUCUACCGAAGACUCAAGGGACUUCAUUAUUGAUGUUAUGAAAGCCUCGGACACGCAUUCGAACCCCACAGAGCCGUUCACCCAUACCAACACCAGCAGUCCCGAUCACAGGAAAGCUGGCAUCAUCGCAAUUUCAGUUGUGGUUCCCGUUGUGGUAGUCCUGAGUUUGGUCAUUCUCUUCUGUUGCUGGCGACGCCGCAAGGCCUCGACCACGGUUGAAGAGGCCCCUCCUACUACCAAGUUUGCUCCACCACGACCAGCCAGGCCGGAUGCGCCCAACUGCCAUCCGUCCAUGACGGAGACCGAACGAGGUUCUUGCGAUGACCACUCUGAAGACUGGAUGAGCCCUAUUUCCCCUUCGUCAAUCCCCAAGCUCGAACUUGGACCGGCGUGGAACGUGUCUACAUUCGACAGACAGGAGCACCCACUUGCCUUUUCUAUCCCCGAACCCAUCAUUCCACCUCGCUCUCCUGCUCGCAAUUCUGCCACCCGUGGGUCUCCCACUCGUGGUGGCUUCGUCUUGCGAGACACUAUCGCCGAAGAAGACAACGCAGCCCGAGAUGAUUCCCCUUCAAAGAAGCAAAACAACCGUCUCUCAUAUACGAACAGCCCCGUGCGUCGUAGGACCACCACCCGCUCCCGGCGAGAGCCCUUGAAGCCGAUCCAGCCUCGGGCAAUGAAGCGAGAAUCUAUACAAUCUUCCAAGUCAAAGAGAUACUCGAAGCGCUCCAGUGGUAUCUCCACCGUUGCAGCGGGACUACCCGUGCGAUUUAGCGGAGCCGGUCAUGGUGCAGGUGGAUUUGGACCUCCGGGUCAUGGCGUCGUGCACACAUCAUGGCAAAACGCCCGAGCUUCAAUCAUGAGCGACGAGACCAGUCUGACAAAUAUGGCCCCUAUGUUCCCGCGUCCGCCUGCCGCAGGCCGUAUGCGCCAUAGCAUGGCAUCUAGCAUCCCCGAUAACUCCAAGCGGUUGACUCUCCGUGCCGUUGAACCGGAUGAUUCUAUUCUUUCCGACGCCGACUCCUUGGAAGCCUUCGUUCACAGCCGCGCCAAGCACCGCAACUCCUCCAACCCUCUUUUCUCUGCACAAAUCAGCCGGCGUACCUCGUCAGGCAAGCGUGCACUCGAUCGGAACCGCAGCAUCCGCAGCCGCGCCGAUACCGUGUCUGUGUCAACUUUCAGCGAUGACUUCCGCCCUGGCCAAGAACGACCCAUGUCGACUGCAAUCUCUGUCUCGGAAUAUGGCGAUGAAAAUACCAAUAACGCCCGUUUCUCCCAGUACCAAACCCUUCAGCCAUCGGGUCUAUUUCCUCUCGCCGAAGGCAGCGUCAAUGGCCAGAGCCAGCUGAGUCUUGCGCAGGAUUAUCGCGGCGUUAUCUCUCCGUUACCGCGCUUCUGGAGCGAGAAUAGCAUGGGCAGUGCGCCGCAGUUGGAGGGUGCCCUAAACCAGCCUCGAUCUCAGAAAGUGAAUGAUGAGAACGCUAUGCCGCACAGCUCAUCUAUGAUUUCGGAUCUGGAUGAGCAUCUCUCGCGCAAGGCCGGGCCUAAUAAGAACAACCAUCAGUGGCGAUUGUCGUCUCUUGAGCCGCCGGCGCCACUGAGGACUGGCAGUGAUAGGGGUCUCCCCAUUGCCAGCAGUGGGGAGCUUGCGUUUGUUUAA